GAGAAAAGCAGGGCUAGAAUUGGAACCCAAAGCCCAGAAUGGCAGGAGAGGAUGUGGGGGCUCCACCGGAUCACCUCUGGGUUCACCAAGAGGGCAUCUACCGCGACGAAUACCAGCGCACGUGGGUGGCCGUCGUGGAAGAGGAGACGAGUUCCCUAAGGGCACGAGUCCAGCAAGUUCAGGUUCCCUUAGGUGACGCAGCUAGACCAAGUCACCUUCUUACCUCCCAGCUACCUCUCAUGUGGCAACUCUACCCUGAGGAACGCUACAUGGAUAACAACUCUCGCUUGUGGCAGAUCCAGCAUCAUUUAAUGGUCAGGGGAGUACAGGAGCUGUUGCUUAAGCUUUUGCCUGAUGAUUAACCUGGUGCUGGGAUUCUAGGAAGAUAUGCUCCUCUGUUCUAUUCAGUAUAUGGCAAUCACUUCAUCCACCACUGCAGUGCACCCACCUGUGGGCCUGGGGGGAGGGACUGGGUUGAAAAACUGUUCAAGAACACAGAAGCUUAG